AUGCUAUUUACUAAACCACGACGCUUUCUAUUUUUUCCUUCUGAAUUUUCUCUUCCUUCUUUUUUCUUUCAAACUUUCUCCAUUCUUUUUUUUCUGUCAUUCAUUUAUCUUUUCUUUCUUACUUUCUUUCUUUAUUUGCAACCAUCCUUUCUUUCUCUCGUUCAUUUUCUCAUUCUGAUUUUCUUUCUUUCUUUCUUCCUUUCUUUCCUUUUUGCAACCAUCAUUUCUUUCUCUUUUUUUUUCUUACCUUCUUUCUUUAUUUGCAACCAUCCCUUCUUUCUCCCAUUCUUUCGUUCAUAUUCUUUCUUUCUUUCUUUCUUUCUUUCUUUCUUUGCAGGCAUUCUUUCUUUCUUUCUUUCAUUUAAUCUUUCUUUUUUUUUGCACUUACUCUUUUUCUUUCUUUGCAACCAUUCUUUCUUUCUCUCAGUCAUUCAUUCUUUCUUUUUUUUUACUCUCUCUCUCUUUCUUUACGACCAUUCUUUCUUUCCGUCAUUUAUUGUUUCUUUCUUACUUACUUUCUUUCUCCGCAGCCAUUCUUUCUCUCUUUCUUUUUUCGUACUUAGUCGUUUUCUUUCUUUCCAACCAUUCUUUCUUUGUCUCAUUCAUUCUUUCUUUCUUCCUUUUUUAUUUUCUCUCUUUCUUUGCAACCGUUCUUUGUUUCUGUUAUUUAUUCUUUCUUUCUUUUUUCUUACUCAUUCUUUUUCUUUCUUUUCAAACAUUCUUUCAUUCAUUUAUUCUUUCUUUCUUUCUCUGCAGCCUCUCUUUCUUUCAUUCAUUUAUUCUUUCUUUCUUUCUUUCCUUGCACCUCUCUUUCUUUCAUUCAUUCAUUUAUUCUUUCUUUCUUUCCUUGCAGCCUCUCUUUCUUUCAUUCAUUUAUUCUUUCUUUCUUACUUUCUUUCAGAAUAUGUAAUCAUGCUUUCUUUCACUCAUUUAUUCGCUUAUUCUUUCUUUUUUUUUUGUUUUUCUUUCUUUCCUUCGAUUCUUCCUUUCUUUCAUUCUUUCUUUCUUACGUUCUCUCUUUGCAGCCAUUCUUUCUUUCUCUCAUUCACUUGCUCAUUCUUUCUUUCUUUCUUUCUUUCUUUCUUUCUUUCUUCUAAUCCCUUCCCACUCUUGCCUUUAUAUUUUUACUUUUCCUCUCUUUCUUUUUUUAUCUUUUUCGUUCCCUCUACUUUCUUUCUUUCUUUCUUUCUUUCUUUCUUUUUUAUCCCCAUUCUUUCUUUUCCUUACUUCUCCUCUUUUUCGGCCUCUACUUUAUACAUUCAUCUUCGGCCUCCUUCCUUUCAUCUAUCUCUCUUCAUUCACUUUCUUUUUUUCUCUUUUCUUUCCCCCUUCUCACUAUUUCUUCUACCCUCUCUUUUCUUUCAUCCCUUGCUUUUAUCUUUCUCUCUCCCUUUCUUACUUUCUCUUCUCAACCUAUUUAAUCCCCUUUUCUUUCCUCUAUCUCUUUAUCAUUUUCUAUAUUUCCUGUCUCUCUUUCCCUUACACUUCUCUAUCUCAUCCUUUCGAUUCUCACUCUUGGCCGGCAAUGGGACUUUCUUUCCUUCUUCCCGCCAUCACUUGCCCGUGUCUGAUUCUUCUUGUUCGCCUGGCCUCAUAGCAGACUGA